ACUCUACUCAACUUUAAACACUCAAUUUGUCAAGCAGCUACGGUGUUCCGCCUUUCCAUGUGUCUCAUGAUCAGAAUAUCGCAAUUGCAAGACGCUGACUAAUUGCGCUGACGAUAUCAUGAGGGUAACUCUUAUCUUAGUCUACCCACAGGAAUCGCUUUGUAUCACAUCCUCCCAGGUGCAUGAUAGGUUUAGCUCGCCGACUUUCCACUCUCGCUCGCCACUUUUCCACUGCAACCGCCAGAAUGUCCUAUCCGUCAACAAUUCAAGCCAUCACGAUCUCAAAGACGGGGGGACCCGAGGUCGUCGAGAAACGCGAGAUCCCUUUCCCAAAAGUAGCCCCGAACCAUCUGGUCGUAAAGAUCCAAUAUCUGGGUGUCAAUUUCAUCGACACAUACUACAGAGAAGGGUUAUACCCAGUCUCUGAAUUCCCAUUUGUGAUUGGGAAGGAAGCCGGCGGUAUAGUCGUCGCCCUUCCUACAGACGAGUCUGUCCUGAACGACCCGGAUUACAAGAAGCGUGGGUACAAAGAAGGUUCCCGCGUCGCAGUCGAUUUCCUGGGUUCUCACGCGGAAUACGUUGCUGUACCGUGGAAAACGGUAUACGUGAUUCCAGAGUCGGUGUCGACAUUGACGGCCGUCUCGGCCCUCGUGCAAGGGUUGACGGCUAUUUCCUUCAUGGAAGAAUCAUACAACGUGCAAAAGGGCGAUAUAAUCCUCAUUCACACCGUGGCAGGUGGUCUUGGAUUGCUCAUGACGCAGCUGGCCAAGUCGCGAGGAGCGACUGUGAUAGGCACGACCUCGACCCCAGAAAAGGCCGCCCUUGCAAAAGCUAACGGGACCGACCAUGUGAUCUUGUAUAAGAGCGAGGACACGGUCGCACGUGUUCUGGAACUCACAAAAGGGGAGGGUGUUCAUGCAAUCUUUGAUGGCGUGGGUAAAGACACGUUCGAGUCCGACCUCAUAAUGAUCAGGCGGAAAGGCACCCUUGUCUCAGUGGGUAAUGCUUCGGGGCCCGUUCCACCAUUCGCUCCCAUCAGACUCGUGCAAAAGAACGUGAAGCUUCUCCGGCCUACCAUGAACAACUAUACAUACACCCCAGCAGAAGCGCUCUACUACGGAAAUGCCCUGUUCUCCCUUCUUGCCAACGGCACCUUGAAGACACAAAUCUUCAAGGAAUAUCCAUUCACCACGGAGGGGGUAAAACAGGCGCAAAUCGACCUGACAAGUGGAAAAUCUACGGGCAAACUUGUAGUCAAAGUCAGCAACUGAUGGGACGUUGUAUGAUUGGCAGUCAAGACGGAAGC